UCUUAGCGUCAGAAAGGGAAGGCUGAGGAGGAGCCAGAGCCGGGUGCCUGCAGCCGUUCUCUGCCGCCGCCAUCUCCACCAUGCAGUCCCGGGAAGACGCCCCGCGCUCUCGCCGCCUCGCCAGUCCCCGCGGUGGCAGGCGGCCCAAGAGGAUUCAUAAGCCCUCGGUUUCGGCCUUUUUCACGGGUCCAGAGGAAUUAAAGGACACGGCCCAUUCUGCAGCCCUGCUGGCACAGCUCAAGUCCUUCUACGACGCUCGGCUGCUGUGUGAUGUGACCAUCGAGGUGGUGACGCCCGGGAGCGGGCCUGGCACGGGUCGCCUUUUUUCCUGCAACCGCAACGUACUGGCUGCGGCGUGUCCCUACUUCAAGAGCAUGUUCACGGGCGGCAUGUACGAGAGCCAGCAGACCAGCGUGACCAUACACGAUGUGGACGCGGAGUCCUUCGAGGUGUUGGUCGACUACUGCUACACGGGUCGUGUGUCCCUGAGUGAGGCCAACGUGCAGCGCCUGUACGCAGCCUCAGACAUGCUCCAGCUGGAGUACGUGCGGGAGGCCUGUGCCUCCUUCUUAGCCCGCCGUCUUGACCUGACCAACUGCACCGCCAUUCUCAAGUUUGCCGACGCCUUUGACCAUCACAAGCUCCGAUCUCAGGCUCAGUCUUUUGUAGCUCACAACUUCAAGCAUCUCAGCCAGAUGGGUCCUAUUCGGGAGGAGACUCUAGCAGAUCUGACCCUGGCCCAGUUGCUGGCCAUCCUGCACCUGGAUAGUCUGAACAUAGAGAGUGAGCAGACAGUGUGUCAUGUGGCUGUGCAGUGGCUAGAGGCUGCUCCCAAAGAGCGGGGUCCCAGUGCUGCAGAAGUCUUCAAGUGUGUCCGCUGGAUGCAUUUCACUGAGGAAGAUCAGUACUACCUGGAAGGGCUACUGACCAAACCUAUUGUGAAAAAGUACUGCCAGGACAUUAUUGAAGGAGCCCUGCAAAUGCGCUAUGGUGACAAAUUGUGCAAGUCUCUGAUGCCAGUGCCAAACAGCAGCAGCAGUAGCAGCAGCAGCAGUUCUGUUGUAUCUGCAGCAGAAAAUCCAACCCAGAGGCUGGGAAUGUGUGCCAAGAAGAUGGUGAUCUUCUUUGGACACCCCAGAGAUCCCUUUCUCUGCUGUGACCCAUACUCGGGUGAUAUUUACAAAGUGCCAUCACCUUUGACCUGCCUUGCUCACACUAGGACUGUCACCACUUUAGCUGUCUGUAUCUCUCCAGACCAUGACAUCUAUCUAGCUGCCCAGCCCAGGAAAGACCUCUGGGUGUAUAAACCAGCCCAGAAUAGUUGGCAGCAACUUGCAGACCGCUUGCUGUGUCGUGAGGGCAUGGAUGUGGCAUACCUCAAUGGCUACAUUUACAUUUUGGGUGGGCGAGACCCUAUUACUGGAGUUAAACUGAAGGAAGUGGAAUGCUACAGUGUUCAGAGGAACCAGUGGGCACUGGUGGCUCCACUGCCCCAUUCUUUUAUAUCCUUUGAUCUAAUGGUAAUUCAAAACUAUCUCUAUGCUCUCAACAGUAAGCGCAUGUUCUGUUUUGAUCCUAGCCAUAACAUGUGGUUGAAGUGUGUUUCUCUUAAGCGCAGUGACUUUCGGGAAGCAUGUGUCUUCAAUGAUGAGAUUUAUUGUAUUUGUGACAUUCCGGUCAUGAAGGUCUACAACCCAGCCAGGGGAGAAUGGAGGCAGAUUAAUAAUAUUCCCUUGGUGUCAGAGACCAACAACUACCGAAUUAUCAAUCAUGGCCAAAAAUUGAUGCUCAUCACCUCACGCACCCCGCAAUGGAAAAAGAACCGGGUUACUGUGUAUGAAUAUGAUAGUAGGGGAGACCAAUGGAUUAAUGUAGGUGCCACAUUAGGCCUCUUGCAGUUUGACUCUAACUUUUUUUGCCUCUCAGCUCGUGUUUACCCUUCCUGCCUUGAACCUGGUCAGAGUUUCCUAACUGAAGAAGAAGAUAUACCGAGUGAAUCUAGUACUGAAUGGGACUUAGGUGGAUUCAGUGAUCUGGAUUCUGAGUCAGGAAGUUCAAGUUCUUUUUCUGAUGGUGAUUUUUGGUUGCGGGUAGCCCCUUAGUGAAAUGCAGAGGAUCAGCACAGUUUGUUGUAACUAAAUUAAAACACUAAGGUGUUUUUACUGCUGUGAAAAUUAUCUU